AUGGGGGUGUUGUUGAUGGUUGUGAUUAUGGAUUAUUCUAAUGCAUCAAAUUCAAAUACCACAAACUCUACCUGUGGUUCAUUGCCCUCUUCUACGGCUACUCAAAUUAAAGAUCCGGCAUGGGAAUGGGGUGAACGCCAAGACCUAGUGAAUCAAAAUAUAAUUACUUGUUUGUUAUGUAACAAAUUAAUCCGUGGUGGUGGAAUCACUAGGCUUAAGGAGCAUCUUUUACAUAUUAAAGGGAAUGUUUCAUCAUGUCCAAAUGUGGCAAUUGCCAUUAUGAACAAAGUUAGUCUGGUGUAUUCUGUAAAGAGGACCAAAAAAGCUCAUAGGUAUAACAUUGAUUUAGCGUACCGGCGUGCAAACAACUCAGAUGAAGGCUCUGAUGCCGAGACCAAUGUUGAGGAACAAGAAGUUGAAACUGAGGGCAAUAUGGGCAGUGGUGGUGCUGGUGCCAGUCAACUAGUUUCUCAGAAUCAGGCAAAGAGAAAGCGGAUAAGUCAAAGUAAUAGUAGAGGUCCAAUUAAUUUAUAUAUGAAGACAUACCACCAGAAAACUCAGCAUGCCACUCUUGAAAGAGACUCAGCUGUGAAAGAGAAGUUAAUGAAGAUUGCAUGGAAAUGCAUUUCAGCAUGGAUGACUGAGAAUUCAGUAUCAUUUAACACCGUUCGUUUCCCGAGUUUCAAAGAAAUGAUCUAUGCAAUAGACGACUAUGGGAAAGCUAUGCCCCCGCCAUCUUACCAUCAGAUUCGUAAUAAUCUUUUCAAGGACCAGUUACAAGAAAUAAAGAAAUUUGUUGAUACAUUUAGGGAACAUUGGAAGAGGUUUGGAUGUUCUAUCAUGUCUGAUGGCUGGACGGAUGGGAAAAAGCGACAUCUUAUUAACUUUUUGGUGAAUUGUCCGAAAGGGACAGUUUUUUUGAAGUCUUUGGAUGCGUCAAACAGAACCAAUGAUGCUAAUUUCAUACGUGGGCUUGUAAAGGAAGUAAUUAACGAUGUUGGCGAAGAAAAUAUAGUGCAGUUCAUUACGAAUAAUGGUUCAAAUUUUAAAAAGGCAGGGAAAGAUUUAAUGCUUGAAUACCCAAAUAUGUUUUGGACUCCUUGUGGUGCUCAUUGUGUUCAGUUGAUGCUUGAACAACUUGGUGACAAGCUUCCACGAAUCAAGACAUCCGUCAUUUUAGGUAAGAGGCUCGUUACAUAUAUUUAUGCUCAUUUUCAAGUAUUGAGCUUAAUGAGGGAGAUGAUCGAUGGAGAAUUACAUAGGUCUACAAGGACUAGAUUUUCAACUCACUACUACACACUAGAAAGUCUUCGAAGGUAUAAAAAUCAUUUGCAGAUAAUGUUUGUGAAUGAUAAGUGGUUGAAAAUGAGGUUUGCAAAAGAAAAUUUGGGAAUUAAUGCACUUAAAAUUAUUACAAACGGUACAUUUUGGGAAGAUGUUGAUUAUUCUUGUAGAGUGCUAAAGCCUUUACUUAAGGUUGUAAGGUUAGUGGAUAUCGAGCGCAAACCUACAAUACCUUGUUUUUAUGAAGCAAUGAGGAUAGCAAGGGAGAAACUCGAGAAGAAUUUCAGUGAAGAUGAUAAUACUUGGGCUAUAAUUAAGGCUAUCUUUGAUAAAAGAUGGAAGAGUAACUUCAAUCAUGCUCUAUACUGUGCUGCAUAUUAUUUAAAUCCUUCCAUAUUCUACAAGAUCCCUGCUCAUUUAAUUGAUAAUGAUCCUAAGUACAUAGAAAUCAAAAGGGGACUUCAUACAUCAAUGCAAAGGCUUAUUCAUAAUGAAGAUGAACUUGAGAAAGCUACAACUGAAUUGAGAGUCUAUAGUGAUGCUUACGGGAUUUUGGGAACUCCGACUUGCAAAAAAAGAAGAGAUAAAGAUCAACCUCGAAAGUUUAUUUGUUAUUUGCACUCAAAGAAGCGAAAUCGCAUAAAACAACAGAAAUUGAAUGAUAGUGUCUUUAUCCAAUAUAACAAGAAAUUGGAGCAUCGAUACAAAGAAAUCCGUGAAUAUAAUGAUGAUCUGAAAGCUCGUGAUCCUAUUUUUAUGGAUGAGCGUGAUGACGAUGAUGAAUGGUUGGCUUUAAAGAAUUUGGAUGACUUGGCUGUAGAAGGCGAUAAUGUUACUUUGGAUAAUUUGCAGGAUAUUGUUGGUGAAGAAAGUAGGCCAGUUGUUAGUAAAGGUGCUUGUACCUCUCGACGCAAAUCUACUUAUCCAACUGACUCUGAAUAUGAUGGAUAUAAUACCGAUGACUUAAUGUGCGACUCUAAUGAUGGACUACUUGGUGGAUAUGAUGGAGCUACUGAAGAUUGUGAUAUCUAUGAUGGAUCAAAUAAUUUUGAUUAA